AUGGAGUUCCUCGGCCGAGAGGCUGCGGGGGUGGUCUCCAUCGCGUGUAGUUCGGCGUCCACCACAUCAUUUGCCACCCUCUCAAGCCACGGCACCCUGUCACUCUGGGACGUGCGCAUUCCACGCAGGAACUACCUGCAGUUUCGCAACCCAAACAGCGCCGCCGCCGCUGAGGCUUCGGAGCUGCGCUACCUGCACGACCGGCACGCUGCUGUCGCACUGUGCGGCAAGACUGUCCAACUCUUUGACACGCGCAAGUGCGUUUCGUGUGUGUCCGAGCUCACUAGCGAGAAAGAGUGCGUCGCUUUCUUGAGAGACGAGCCGCCGCCCGACUCUACUACGACGCUGAUCGUGGACGAGGAUGGCGGCAUGUUUGCCUACGACAUUGCAGACGGCACCCGGCCUCCCUACAUCGAGGCGUACAUCUUUGGUCAGCAGGAGCGCUGUCCCUUGCCAAAAGGCAGCCGAUUCGGAUGUCUCACAAACUACUGUAGCGGGCUGCACUGCGUUGAUCUUGCCCCUGGCGAAGGCGGCGCUGCUACACGACUGCUCUUCGCUGUUGGAAUGGACGGUGAAGGUGCCCUCUACAGCGGGUCCGACGACACGGAUUCCGCGCGCGUCGCGUUCUCCAUUGCGCAUGAGUCGCCGAGUGACGGCAACGCCCAAAUAGUGAACCCGCCGCUCGUCAACUGCACUGCCAUCUGUGGUGCGCAAGUGGCCGUAGGGCGGGCCGACGGCAUGUACUCUGUCUACGAGAUUGAGCGGGGCGGGCUGGACGAGGCGAUGGCGUCUCCCGGCCACGCCGUUAACGGGCUGUGUUACGUGGACUGGGUGUCGCCGGAGGUGCUGCUGACCGUGUCGCUUUGCGGAGAGGUCACGGGGUGGGCCGUCGGUGCAUUCAUGGCGGGCAGUAGCGCGGAGGCGGAGGGGCCGGAGGUGGUGGCAGCUCUUGCGCAUCGAGAGGUACCCGGCUGCCAGCUAGCGAUCGUGAACUGCGCUGACCGGCUUGCUGGCAUGCGCUAUAUUUUUGGUGAUCAUCUAGGCGGCGUGGCGCUGGCUCAGCUGGAUCUCUGA